AUGAAGCUCAACAUCUCCUACCCCAACAAUGGAACCCAGAAGUUGAUCGAGGUCGACGAUGAGCGCAAGCUCCGCGUCUUCAUGGACCGCCGCAUGGGUCAAGAAGUCCCUGCCGACAGCAUUGGCGACGAGUUCAAGGGCUACAUCGUCAGGAUCACUGGCGGUAACGACAAGCAAGGUUUCCCGAUGAAGCAGGGUGUCAUGCACCCAACUCGUGUCCGCCUCCUCCUCGCUGAGGGCCACUCCUGCUACCGCCCCCGCCGCACUGGUGAGCGCAAGAGGAAGUCCGUCCGUGGAUGCAUUGUCGGCAUGGACCUCUCUGUCCUUGCUCUCAGCAUCGUCAAGAAGGGUGACGAGGACAUUCCCGGCCUGACCGACAUUGUCCACCCCAAGCGCCUCGGUCCCAAGCGUGCCACCAAGAUCCGCCGCUUCUUCGGUCUCAGCAAGGAAGAUGAUCGGAUUGAGUCUCGCUCGUCCUGCUACAAGCAGCGUAUUGAGUCUGAGCAACAAGAAGUCCGCAAGUUUGUCAUCCGCCGUGAGGUCCAGCCCAAGAAGGAGGGCGCGAAGCCCUACACCAAGGCCCCCAAGAUCCAGCGUCUUGUUACUCCUCAGCGUCUCCAGCACAAGCGUCACAGGCUGGCACUCAAGCGCCGUCGCGCGGAGGCUUCCAAGGAUGCUGCCAACGAGUACGCUCAGAUCCUUUCCAAGCGCAUCAACGACGCCAAGGCCGCACACGACGAGGCCCGCAAGAGGAGGGCGUCUUCCAUGAAGCACUAG